AUGAAUCAACCAGUCAACAAUAAUCAACCUGGUCAUCCGGCCCCGAUGAAUCGUCGUCCUCGUCUCGCUCGUCGAGAUGCCGAGGAACAUGUUCCUCUUACACGUCAAGCUCAGAGAGCCCGUUAUUACUGUAUGUUUGCGGCUGACAGAGCUAUGGAGUCUGCUAGAAUGGUUAGGACUACCAGAACUUUCGGUUCUGUGACUAUUGAUGCUCGUUUCCCAGGCGGGGCUUCGAGAGAUGUUUUUAACACUGGUGCUGUUCAGGUCACUGGGAACGCUCAGGCUGUUGGCAGUGCUCAAGCUACUGCUAAUGCUCAAACUUUUGAAGUCAUUCACACUUUUGAGAUCACUCGAACCGUUGAGAUCACCCAUACCACUCAAACUGCUGAAGCUGGCUUGGAUUCUUUGACAGGCAACAGCCUCACCCGCGGCUCCUCUACUACGACUUCCUCUGCAAGCACCAUCUCAAGUGUUGUAGUUGUGGAUGCUCCAGCCUUUGGUGCUACAGGUACUUCUUCUUCCUCUACAGGUGGCCGUGCUGUCGCCAUGCACGAAAACUCUCAUGAGCAAGACGGAAAUGUGGAAGAAGAGAGUGACCACGUAUUCGUUGAUCACGUCACCGGAUCGUCUGCAAAUGGAGAUAUGUUGUCAAGAAGUUCUUGA